CGAAGCAUUGUGCUAUCAUCUGCUAUGUGCAUUGAGAGCUAAGUUAACAACACUGUAUAUAAACACACACAUAAGCAAAACACACACGGGCUGACAGCCAAGAGGAAGGGAGACCGACAGACAGCGGCAGUAGCUCAGCAGGGGGGAUCCCAGGCGAGAGGGGCCAUGGCGAGCGCGCUGAACGGGGGCGGCAAUGGCGGCGGCGGCGGGCUGACGAAGAUGAGCCUUCUCCGGGUGCAGUACUACUGCGUGCUGGGGGCGGUGGCCGGCGCCGUCAUCCUCGCCACGGUCCGCUACAUGCCGGCUAGCGGCGGCGGCGAGGGCGCGGCCCUCUCGACGACCUCCGCCGUCUCCACCACGACCGCCCCCAAAUCUGCGGCGCCCGCCGCGGGGCACAGGAAGAGCAAGGGGAUGCCGGUGGUGGUGCCGGAGACGAAGGAGAAGAAGGGGAAGGCGCCGGAGAAGGUGGUGGUGUUCAACUUCGGCGACUCCAACUCGGACACGGGCGGCGUGGCGGCGAUUAUGGGGAUCCGCAUCGCGUCCCCCGAGGGCCGCGCCUUCUUCCACCACCCCACCGGACGCCUCUCCGACGGCCGCGUCGUCCUCGACUUCAUCUGUGAGACUUUGAACACGCACCACCUAAGCCCCUACAUGAAGCCUUUGGGUUCGGACUACACCAACGGCGUGAACUUCGCCAUCGCCGGAUCGACUGCCACGCCUGGUGACACGCCGUUUUCGCUCGACGUGCAGAUCGACCAGUUCAUCUUCUUCCAGGACAGAUGCAACGACUCCACCGAGAGAGGCGAGACCUUCCCGAUCGAGAUGCGGGAUUUUGGAAAUGCUCUGUACACUAUGGACAUUGGGCAGAACGAUGUCACUGGCAUUCUAUACUUGCCCUAUGAUAAAGUGCUUGAAAAACUUCCCCACUUUGUUGCCGAAAUCAGGAAAGCCAUUGAGAUUUUGCAUAAGAACGGUGCGAGGAAGUUCUGGAUACACGGUACGGGAGCAUUGGGGUGCCUGCCUCAGAAGCUUGCGAUGCAUGGGAAGGAUGCUGACCUUAGCCUCGACGAGCAUGGUUGCAUCAUAAAGUUCAACAAUGCUGCCAAGAAGUUCAAUGAAUUGCUGAGUGAAGCAUGCGAUGACCUGCGCUUGAACCUGAAGAAGUCCACCAUCAUCUUUGUGGAUAUGUUCGCUAUCAAGUACGAUCUUGUCGCCAAUCACACGAAAUAUGGAAUUGAGAAGCCACUGAUGACAUGCUGUGGCCAUGGAGGGCCCCCAUACAACUACGACCCCAAAAGAAGCUGCAUGGGCACUGACAUGGACCUGUGUAAGCCUAGCGAGAAGUUCAUAAGCUGGGAUGGGGUUCACUUCACCGAUGCUGCGAACAGCAUGGUGGCCACCAUGGCCAUCAGUGGUGAAUACUCCAUUCCUAGGAUGAAGCUCACCAGCUUGGUCAAGCCUGCAAAGGCUAAAGAUUCAUGAUAAUGCAUCAAUCCAGUGAAUCCAAUUGGUCUUCCAUAGAAAUGAUGAUGGUGAAGGUACUAACAAAAACUGACCCCCAAAUGAGAGUUCAUCCGAGCCCCUUAAUCACAGUGAUUAUGGGGAAAAUGGGAUUUUUCUUUCCUUUUCUUUUUUUGUACAAUUGAGGUGUGUGUAUAUCCUACGGAUCCUUAAGUUAAUACAUUCAGGCUGCCUGUGCCAUGUAAAAACUUGUUUUAAUCCUGAAUUUUGAUCAAUAAAAAGAGAUGGAUAUUUAACA